AUGCCCUACUCCCACAAUGCCACGCCAACCCCUCCCUCCACCUUGGAGAUCAAAGACCCCCUCUAUGUCCAGAGCAACUCCAGAGCCAGCACCAACAGCACCCUCUGGCACGGCCAACCCAGGCCAGCCAAAAAAGCUCCUCGCCAGCGCAAGCCCACCAAGAGCCUGGCAUCCACCAGUACUGAGACUGACGUGCCAACCGCAGAGGCAUGGACCAAGGCCAGCGGUGAGGAUGAGUUUGGUUAUCUGGUAGAGUCAGAAUACGCCCAGAGCACUGCUCUUGAGCCAUGUGGGACCUCUGUUGGGGUUAUGGAGAUGGAACUCCAGGAUUUUGACAAUGGUGAAGCAGCUUUGGCACCUCCUGCCAACCUUGUGCCCUGGAGAAAGGACGCACCCGUCCCCUUUGAUGAUGUGGUGGAGCAUCAGCAUUCAAUUGAGGAACAAGUCUCCAACUUGGAUCUCAAUGGCAUCAUCAAGGAAUGUUUCGGCCUGGGCUACAAUGUAGUCUUUGGCAUCCCGCGCUCACAAGGAGCACAGGUGAGCAAGCAACCCUCCAGAUACGUCUCUCUGCGCUGUGCUGAUCAUGCUGCUGCUCACCCCUACCCAUCAGAAACACUUUGCAGCCUGCAUGCAGGUUCUGGGCAUUCAAGAGCCCCUGGCCACCUUGACUGCGGUAUGUGAUGUGCUCACUGGCAUCAUUGCACCAGGCUCAGCCAGCAUCAACAAACGCCUGGUAUCUGUCCUGGGUGCUGUGGUGAAUGCAAGGCCCGAUGCCGUCAGGCGCACUCUUUACUUGCAGAUCUUGCACCAGUGUGUUUUUCUGGGCAGGCAGCUUCAGUGGGCCAAGGAGCAUGA